UCUCGCUUAUUCUGUUUCUUUUGACAGGGACAUGGCCGUUUGCCUUUCUGCUCUCUUUCCAAUCCCUCCAAAGCCCCCAUUCUCUCUCUCUGUUCCCCUCUUCCUCCUUUCUCGACUUCCUCUCUGUAACCAUUUUCUCAUUCAGAUCUGUACAACUUCCCCCUCUCUCUCUGCUCGAAGAUUCUUAAUUCUUGAAUUAUCCUCUUUACAUGUAUUUCACUCUCUAGAAACCCUAACCCCGAUCGCCCUAUAAAUGGCGAUUGUGACAGGGGAUCGGUACCUGGAAUCCCUGGUGAAGUUCGUGGAGCAGGAGGCAGGGCCGUUGAUUGAAGGAACUCUGGUGCUAAAGCUAAACCCGGUGGGCCUCCAUUACGUGCACUCUAGGCUGGAGGCUCUGCAGGAGCUCGAGAGCCUCCUUGCUGGAGCUCCCGUCGACUACCUCCGUGCCUAUGUGUCUGACCUCGGUGACCAUCGCGCGCUUGAGCAGCUGCGGCGGAUACUCCGCCUUCUGACAUCGCUCAAGGUUGUGUCGGUGUUGGCGGCCCCAGCGAGGGAUCCGACACCGCUGUCUUUGUUGCCGUUUGGAAGGUUGAGGUUAUUGGAGCUUCGUGGAUGUGAUCUCUCCACGUCCGCGGCUAGAGGCCUUCUUGAAUUGAGGCACACAUUGGAGAAGCUCAUUUGUCACAAUUCUACUGAUGCACUACGACAUGUGUUUGCCGGUAGAAUAGCUGAGAUAGAGGAUUCUCCGCAGUGGAAGCGGUUGUCAUUUGUUUCUUGUGCUUGUAACGGUGUGGUUGUGAUGGAUGAAUCUUUGCAACUACUCCCUGUUGUUGAAACCCUUGAUCUAAGCAGAAACAAGUUUGCAAAGGUUGAUAAUUUACGGAAAUGUACCAAAUUGAAGCACCUGGAUCUUGGGUUCAAUCAUUUGAGGACAAUUGCAUCUUUCAGUGAGGUCUCCUGUCAUAUUGUUAAACUUGUUUUGAGGAACAAUGCUUUAGCUACAUUGCAUGGGAUUCAAAAUUUGAAGUCGCUUGAAGGGCUCGAUCUUUCCUACAAUGUUAUUUCCAAGUUUUCAGAAUUAGAGAUUCUUAAGGACCUUCCGUCUAUACAGUGUUUAUGGUUGGAAGGAAAUCCCUUAUGUUGUGCUCGAUGGUAUCGGGCACAAGUAUUCAGCUUCUUCACCCAUCCACAUAAAUUGAGAUUAGAUGAAAAGGGAAUAAGCAUGAGAGAGUUUUGGAAAAGGCAAAUUAUAAUUGCCAGCAGGCAGAAACGUCCUGCCAGUUUCGGAUUUUAUUCUCCUGCACAGGAUGAUGCUGAAGCAGAGGGGAGCAUCAACAUAAAAAGGAAGAAGCUAUCGCGUCUUGUUUGUAUUGAGAGUGAGCAAGGCCCAUAUAUCUGUUCUGACCAUGAGUCAGUCUCGUGUGAUAAUGAGAUUCGAAGUGGAGGGGAGAAAGUCAUUUCCGAUGAUGAAGCUGAAAUUGCUGAUUUGAUGAAUAGGGUUGAACUCAUGAAGAAAGAGCGUUCUGUUCUUUGGUUACGGGAGUUUAAGGAGUGGAUGGAUCCGGUGUCUGAGAAUUUCUUGGACAGCAGUAAAUAUGAUGGAGCUAGUUUAAGUUGUGAAAAAAAUUAUAUAAAAGACACAACUACAAAGAGGAAUUUUGGUGAAAGCUCAAAAUUCGUCUCAGAUGGUAUUCACGCUUCAGGAGAUGAGAGCAGCACAAACAUUUUAGAAUCUGAAAACUCUUUUGCAGAUGUGUCUGUUGGUUUAUGCAUCCACCAGUUUUUUGAUCAAGUUGGUGAAGCAGGCUCACUGGGGGAUGCCUCCAAUAAUCCUGUCUUACUCUCACAGAGAAUGGAUCUGAAUCAGGAGCAUUUGAAAUCUAAUAGACUUGAAGGGGUUAAUUGCAUCUCUGUGGAAUCUAAGAACUCUAAUCCCGAUGCUGUUAUUGUCCGAGGACACGGAAUGGGUGCCAAUGUUGGCAUCACAUCGAUGACUGUGAUUGAUGAUAUUAUGGAGUCUCAUUCAUCCUCUGGCUGUCCUGGUUCACCACCCCACUACCAAGAGGAUAUUUUACAACGUCGUCACAACUUGGUGGAAGAAAUACUGCAGCUAUCUGCUGAGUCUUUUUCAGUGAGAUCAUCUGAUAGUAAUACUAGUGAUAGUGACGAUGAUCUCUGUGAAUGUGAGACAUUAAUAACUGAAGAUGUUCUGACUAGUAGGGUGGAUGGAUGCUUGCAUGUAAGUCCUUUCGAGGACGCAUAUUAUGACCAAAGAAAUGAUGCUGCAGAGGAAAGAUCAAAUGGUAGAGGUUUUUUAAAUUCUCAUGAUGUGCAAGCCUCAAGCAGUCCAAAACUUCUGAAACUAGACCACUCCAUGCAGUUGUGCAGCAAUGAUUUUCCUCCUGGUGGUGGUGGUGGUGGUGCUGAAGUUGCUCACUCUGUGUCUGUGAACCUAGGGAGUAAUUGGACGGAGAAAAAAAAAUGUAGGUGGAGGCCUAAAAGAAGAGUUAUUUUACUGUCGGAGGAGAAUAAUAUAAUUAGCAAGACUGAAACAUCCCAAAAUGUUAGUGGGAAUUUAAAUGUUUCAAGAUAUAAUGAAAAAUAUGAGCCAAGAAAACAAAUUUUUGAUGCCAGUGAUUUCGCUGUUAUUCACGAUGAAAAACGAACACAGGCAGAUGCAAUCGCAGGUUCAUGUAGUCAUGAUACUCAUGAAAUCCUUUCUGGGGUAAAACAAUCCUCACUUGAGAUUGAUGAUUUCAUUGAGGACUAUUUCAACACAAAUCUUGCAGAUUCCCGAGUUCAUGAGACUUGUACACAGUACAUGUGUUGUGGAUGUAUACUUGAACUGGAAUCUAAGUGCAAAGAAAGAGAAGUGGCUGUGUUAGUUAGCAGUGAACAGAAGUUGUAUGUGCUACUCAUUGAUGCCACACUUGAUGGGUCAGGAAUUGCACUAAAAGCAAUGGAUUGCCACAAGGUGGAAGAAGUUCGAGAGGUUUUGAUUGCUCUAGGACUUCAGGUUGUGAGGGUGUACAUUGCGGGCGGUGCAACAUACCUGUUUAUAACUAGAGGUAUUGAGAAGUCAAGGGAAUUGCUGUGUACGUUGCAAGUCUCUGAUUCAUCAAGUGAUAAAUGUGUUUUGAGGAGUUUGGAGCAAGUUCAGGUUGAGUUGUUUGAAAAACUGAUUUGUGGAGGUUUGAGAAUGAGCAUGUUCCAAUAUUCUUUGGUGCAUUUUUGGUCCAACAGAGAGAAAUCAUGGCUUUCAAGAUCGCUGUUUGUUAUUGGGGUUGAUUUGGCUCUGUGUAUUGAGGACUUCAAGCAACUAGACUCUCUUUCACUGCAUACAUCUUCCUCUCCAUAUUUCUUGCUCGAUUCAUGUUGCUCCAUCACUGAUGUAUCUGAGAUGGUUAUUGAGAUCGAGGGUUGCUCUGUGACACUGGCUCUUGAAUGUGCUCGGUCAGAGUUCUGCUGUACAGCUAACACUCAGAUGUUUAAGGAUGUUGCUGGACUUGAUAACCAAAAAGUGGCCUCAGGCUCUUUGACAUGGAAACUGAGGUGGUCCUCUGAGGAGAGUCUACUCAAGUUUUUGAUGUUAUUGAAGGCAAUUCAUGCAGGAACAGCCAUGUCUCCUUUGCUUGUAAGGUGUAUAUCAUAGAACUUUUUUGCCCAUAUUCAUUCAUUAUAUUCUUUUGAUAUGGUGUGUCCACCCUGUUUGCCUGUUUUAGUGUGGCCAGUAAAUAGAAUAUUUGUAUUCUUUGAUUUGUUUCUUCUAGCAUCUAAUUUUCCUUAUGUACAAUUUGUACAGUAUAAAGCAACAAAUGAAAUUGCCAGACCCAAUCAUUUUUUUUUUUUAUUGACA